AUGUUAGAAAAAUUAUGUCGAUUUUCAAUAACAUCACUUGAAUUAAAACAAAUACUUUUAUUUUAUAAUAGAACAUAUUCUCUUAUAAAUAUAGAUGAACAAUAUAAAUAUAUAAAACAACAACUGUUAAGAAUAAUGAUACAAGCAGCUAAACACAAUGAUCAAGAUACAGAAAAUAUUUCAGCUUAUUUUGAUUUACAACGACCAAAUAGUGGUAUUAUUAUUCCUUCUAUCAAACAUUGGUCUGGUUCUCACAUAACUUAUUAUUGUUGGUUACGUCUUAAUCAUGAAUUAGAACCAUAUCUCUCUGAUCAACGUCGUCAAUUAUAUAGUUUUUAUUCUGAGAAUGGUUUGGGUUUUGAAGCAUUUUUUAAUGGCAAUAGUACAUCAUUAUAUUUACUUGUUAAUGAUCAUAAAGAAUUAACCUAUGUUGAAAUACCCGAAUGUGAUUUAAUUGACGGUUGUUGGCAUUCAUUGACAAUUGUUUAUUUUCAACAAAAAUGGACAAUGUGUCAUUUAUCAAUUUAUAUUGAUGGAUGUUUAAAAAAAUGUAUAAAAGAUUUUAAAUAUCCAUUCAUGUUAGAAAUCUUAUCAUUGGGAAGUAUUGGUUCAUCUAGUCAACGUCCAUCUCAUUCAAAAUUAUCCUCUUUAAAUAAUACCGGUAAAUAUAAAUCAAUAUUGACUAAUAAAAUGGCACAACCAUUAAAACGUUUAUUUACGAUGACACCCAAUCAACAAAUGAAUAAAGUUAAUAGAGCUCAACAAAAUGUAUUUACUACCACGGAUUUAAACUGUCAAGAUACUCUAUUUGGACAAUCGACAUCGUUACAUGGACAAAUAGCAUUUGUUUGGCUUUUAUCAGAUGCAUUACAAGAAAAGAAUAUCAAACAGUUGCAUGCACUUGGUGCUGAUUUUUAUUUUUCUCAUUCAUCAUUAUUUCAAUCGUCAUUAUUCUCAUCCAUUAUCGAUGCUCAACGAUUUAAUCAUUUAAUAAGUGAUUUAUUUGCAACAAAAACAAUCUUUGCCUAUCAUCCAUUAGCUUGUAAAGAUGCUUCAUGUGUUAAUAUAUCCGGCAAAACACAAAUGAAUGGAUGGUUAAAUUAUGGUACAUGUUCUCAUCUUCAUUCUUAUUCAAAAUCACUUUUAUCUAUUGGUAGUAUACCUGCACUUUAUCUUUUAUUUGAAUGUUUUAACGAACAAGAAUAUCAGAUGAAUCAAACAUCUUUAACAGUGUUAUCUGAUGUUGACUCAUCACCAUCAGAGACCCUUCUUGAUAGUCAAUGUUCUGAUUGGACUAUUACUAAUAAUUUAACUACUGAUAAUUAUCUUCAAUUAAAUCCAUGUGCAACAAUAUUAAAUUUAAUUCAUUGUAUAUUUUCAUCAUCGAAAUAUAAUUCACUUCAUAUUGAACAAAUGUGUCGUGAUUAUAAUGUACAAAUUUUGCAGAAAUAUUUGAAUAAUAUUCCAUUUUAUUUUAUUGAUCAAGAAUUUCUUAUAGCUAUCCAACAGAUUAUUGAUUGUCUAAAAUUGUAUAAAUCAAUAUCGAUGGUACAAACAUUAAUAAAUUCUUUUGUACAAUAUUUACUUCUCGAUUUUAAUCUAUGGAAAAAAGCAAAAUUAAAUGUUCAACUUAUGCAUAUAGAAUAUUUGACAAAAAUUAUCAAAGAUGAUCGAAUAUAUUUCAGAAAUAAAUUUGGUAUACAAUAUUUCUUAGAUUCUAUCAAACAACAUUUCAGUUCUGAUGAUGACAUUGAAAAUAAAUCAAAAAAAAUUCGCAGUGGUAUUAUAAAUAUAAUGAACUAUUAUGUACAAUGUGACAUUAAAUUUGAUGAAUUAAAUUCUAUUCUAUCGUUUAUAUCUGCAUUAACAACCCAUGAUAUUUGUGUACAAGAAAUGCUUAAUUUCAUUCUUAUGUUGUUACUUGAAAUAUCUACAUCAUCAGAAUUGACUGUUACAUUUCUUUGUGAACCAAAUAUGGCAGGGGGUUUAUAUUCAUUAAUUGUUAAUAAAGAUUUAUCAAUAACAACAAAAGAAAAAAUAUUUCAAAUAAUGAAAUAUUUGUUAAUAUCAAAACAUGUUCCACUUCAAGUUAAAUCAUUGUUAAGAUUAGAAAAUAAUAUUGGUUAUGGUGGAAUUAUAUCAUCAUUCAAUUCAAAUGAAUUAUCUGUACCCAUCGUUAGUGAAAUACUCAAUCUUAUUAUCAUGUCUGAGAACACGAUCGCUGUUAAGCAUGUAAAUGUUGUAUUAACGUUGUGUAGUACAGGAUCGCUUGAUGUACGAUAUGCUGCUAUAAGAAAAUUAAUGACAUGCUUUACUGCACAUAACAAUACUUUAGAGACCUAUUCAAAAUGCGAUGGAUGGCAUGAAACAUUAGCUCAUUUUUUAAUUCAAACUCGCCGUCGUUCACUAUCGAUUAUGAAAGAUAAAACAAGUUCAUCGUCUGUCUCUGAAGAAGUCUUUAAGGAUGAUAGUAGUUCUAUUAUCAAUGAGCAACAAGAUUCUAGUCGUUCAGUUGAAGAUCUAUGUGAAACAUUAAUAUUGGCUAUUAUUAUGAUACUAUGGAAAGGAAUAACCGGCUCAGAUGAUAAUUGUUGGCGUUUACGCGGUCAAAUAUUUUCAGCAUUACGAUAUUUAAAUGAAGAAUAUGAGUUUUAUUUGCCAUUGAUUUAUCUAGAACGGCGUAUACUUGAAUUAAGCUUAAAAGCAUGUAUAGAUGAUAUUCAACAAAAUGGAGGUCAAACAACAGCAGCUCAAGGUGCUAACAGUCGCGAAUUAAUUAAAUUAGUUGGAGAUUUUUUAACAGAAGAUAAUCAUCUGCAAUUAAGAUUUAGUGACAAUUUAGUUAACAAAUAUGAUAAUAUUUUGCAUUGUUCGAAUGCUAGUGCUUCCAUUUAUAGACUACUGCAAAAUCAUUCAUUAAAUGGAAAAGAAGAAGCAUCGUAUCUUAUUAUGUGUGUCAAUCGAAUUAUGUUAAUUAGAGGUGAAAAUCAAGAAUAUUAUUCAUAUUUGAUACUUCUCAUGAAAACACUCAUUGAUAAAAGUUAUUAUUUAUUGCAAAUGAAUGUUCAAAUACUAAAUGUUCCACAACAAAAACUAACACCAGCAUUUAUAGAAGAUUUUAAAUUAUAUUGUCAAACAACAGAAUGGUGUAUAUUCAUCGAAAAACAAUGUCAACCAUCGAGUGAAGAUUAUAAAUCGAAGAAUAUAAAACCAUUUAAAAAGAAUAUGCAAAAAUGGUGGGAUGAUACGUACAAAAUGAUGAAGACUGGUAUAGAUAAACGAACUAAACAAAUUGAAGAGGAAAAAUUAAGAUUUCAGAGUCAAAUACUUGAGUUGUGGCGUGUUCGACGUCGAAGUGAAUAUAUUCGUUAUUCCAAAAUGUUAAACCUUCAACGUUUACAACAAAAUCUUGUUGAUACUGAAUGGAAUGAAAAAUUGAAAUAUUUUGAACGUGAACGAGGUCCAUGGCAUAAACCUUCUUUAACUAAAAUUCAUUGGAUGUUAUCAGCACGUGAAAAUUGUCAUCGUAUGAGAUGUAAACUAAUUGAAAAUUCUCAUUUUGAUAGUUAUGAAGAAGCAAGUCUAGAACGAGAUGAGAAUUUCAAGUACAGUUCAGUAGAUGAAUAUCAAAAAAAAUUAUUUGAAAAUUUAAAAAAUAAAAAAUUUUCCAUUCAAAAACAAUUAUCAUCAGUGGAAAAUGAUGAAUUGUUGAAUGAUGAACAAAUGUCUUCUGAUCAACAACUACAAAAUAAUUUAUUAUUGGAAGAGAAAGAGAAAAUGUUAAUUGGAAGCAAUUGUUCGCUAAUUACAAUCACAUCUGUGACAGAAGGCAAAUUAGAAAUAACAAAUAAAUACAUUUAUUUUCUUGGUUCCAACUCAUCGAACAAAAAUGAUUUAAAAUAUCCACUUCAUUGGCUACGAAAUGUUCAUUUAAGACGUUAUAAUUUACGAGCAUCAGCUCUUGAAUUUUUUUUAAUUGAUCAAACAAAUUUUCUACUAAAUUUUGAUAAAAAUACUCGUCGACAAAUUUAUCAGAAAUUAAUAUCGUUACGUUUGCCAAAUAUGAAAAGUGUCUUAUCAUCCACCAUUACACCAUCCGAAAUAUUACGAGAAUCAUGUAUUACUGAAAAAUGGAUUAAUCGUGAAUUAUCUAAUUUUGAUUAUUUAAUGAUGUUAAACACCAUAGCUGGUAGAACAUUCAAUGAUUUAAAUCAAUAUCCAGUUUUCCCAUGGGUUAUCAAAGAUUAUACGUCGGACAAUUUAAAUUUAGAUAAUCCAGAAACAUUUAGAGAUUUAUCUAAACCAAUUGGAAUACAAAAUCCAACACAUAUGGCUGAAGUCAAAUCCAAAUAUGAGUCAUUUCAUGAUCCAACUGGGCUCAUGAAAAAAUUUCAUUAUGGUACUCAUUAUUCUAAUGCGGCCAGUGUCAUUCAUUAUCUUAUAAGAAUGGAACCAUUUACCACUUUACAUAUUCAAUUACAAAGUGGAAAAUUUGAUAUUGCUGACAGACAAUUUCAAUCAUUUCAUAGUUCUUGGUUAAGUAUUCUACAUAAUCCGAAUAAUGUUAAAGAAUUAAUACCAGAAUUUUACUAUCUACCAGAGUUUUUAAUCAAUUCAAAUCAGUUCGAUUUGGGACGAUUGCAAUCAACAAAUACAAUUGUAAACGAUGUCAAACUUCCACCAUGGGCUCGAAAUUCUGUUGAAUAUUUUAUUUAUCAAAAUCGUUUAGCAUUAGAAUGUGACCAUGUUAGUGCACACUUAAAUAAAUGGAUUGAUCUCAUAUUCGGUUAUAAACAGCAGGGACAAGAAGCCAUUGAUGCCUGCAAUGUAUUCACAUAUUGUUCGUAUGAAAAAGCUAUUGAUGUUGAUGCUAUUGAAGAUCAAAUAACGAGAGAAGCAAUUGAAAGUAUGAUUCAGCAUUUUGGUCAAAUACCAUCACAACUGUUAUUUGAAGAACAUCCAAAACGAAAGACAAAAGAACAAGUGGUUGUCGACUACGAGUUACAAGGACGAGCAGUAAAUAUAUUUUGGGAUUUGAAUCAUAUCGAUCUAUUUUUCGUUGAAAUAACUCCUUCUGAUGAAAAAAUUUGUGAUCCAAUAGUAUUUCUAAGUAUUCCUAAAAAUCAAAUACGGUCGUUUUUUCAACAAGGUAUGUUAGACAUAUUGGUGACAGUGAGUAUCAAUCGGAUUGUCGGAAAUAAUGGUUGGCUACCGUAUGAUAAGUCCUUGAAUAGUUCUUUUACAUUUGAAAGAGAUCCAACAUUACAAACAGAAAGAAAUCACCAUAUAAUUACUAUUCCAUUUGCUCCUGACCUAGAGAUAACAUCAAAAUUAUUUAGUGUCAGUCAUGAUGCUAAAUAUUUGUUUAGUGGCGGUCAUUGGAAUUGUAGUUUAUGUGUUUAUAGUCUAUCAAAAAAUAAAACUAUUUCAAGUGUCAUUAAACAUGUUGAUAUCGUAACAUGUACAGCAUUAGAUUCCACCGGAACAAUUCUUGUUUCCGGUUCAAAAGAUAAAACAUGUAUUAUUUGGCACGUGAGAAUGGAAGAAAUGACAAUAACUACUCCAACAGAUAGGACUAGUCGUGGUUUAACAUUAGUGCCAACAAACGUAUUGUAUGGACAUGAUUCUGAAAUAACUUGUGUAGCUCUAUCGACUGAAUUGGACAUCAUAGUGUCAGGAUCUCUUGAUGGUACAUGUAACAUGUAUACGGUUCAAAAUGGUACAUACAUUCAAACAUUGUAUCCAACAGGUCCAAAAAUAAUAGUCUUUCCUCACAUUGGAUUAUCCUCAAUAAUUCAAACUCUACCUGUUCCCAUUCAACAAAUUCGAUUAUCGGAUGAACGGCAUAUUCUUAUACAAACGAGUUCAAAUGAUGAUUCAUCGGUAUUACACAUGUAUUCAAUAAAUGGAAAAUUAAUUCAUCGAGAACUAGUUCCUUAUAAAAUAAUUGAUUUUCUUCUUUGUGAUAAUAAAUAUAUUGUUAUUGCUAUUAAUAUUUUACAAUAUCAUCAACCAACACAUUUGCGAGCAACAAGAGCGCCAACAACGACACAAUCAACUGUUGUAGGAAAAAUUAUUAUCAAAGAUAUGUUCGAUAUGAAAAUGAUUCGUACAAUUCGUUUACCUACUCAAAUUAAUUGUUUACAUUUGGCAAAAGAUUUCACUCAUCUUUUAGUCGGUGUUAAAGGUGGUAAAUUAAUUGUCAUAACAGCUAAAAGAAAGCUGAAAGGGAAUUUAGCCGAUAAUGCGGUAAAUCUUUCAAAGGUGGCUGAUUUUUGUCAAGAUAAUUAUUUAAAUGCACCCAAUUGUGAUAAAUCAAAAGUAUAUGAAGAAACGAAAUCGUAUGCAAUUCAAUCGCUGGCUAGUGUUGCCUAUCAAAUUAACACAAUUGCAACGAGUUUUUUACAAUUACUCGAUUUUCAGUCUAAUCAAUUCAACGAAUUAGAAUCUAGUCUGAAUUCAUUGACAGAAGAGACAAUUGUACAUAAAGAAAAAGUAGCUAGGAGAGAAAUUGGUACAUUAACAACAAAUAAAGUUAUUGGUCGCCAACCCUUGUUCAUUAAACCAAAUAAUCCAGAAAAAUUAGUCAGAUACGUUAGAAAACCACUCGAUUAUUCAUUAUUGGACGAUAUUGGUCAUGGUGUUCGUUUAGCUCGUCAAGAGAGUAAAUCUCGUCAUUUGAUCUAUAAUAAUGGUUUAUCAAGUAUGGAUACACAACGUUCCAAUGGAACACCAUUAACUCAACCACUUACACCUCCUAAGAGUUCCAAUGUUAGUUUGUCGAAAGCAACUGGCUCAACUAUUUAUCAGCGUUCAAUGCCACCGCCUCCUCCUCCUCCUCUGUUAGUUCCACCUGAAUAUGCUAGCCGACAAGAACUAGCUGUUCAAAAUCAAAACCUCUAUAGUACAAGUGCGUAUCAACAGCAACAACAUCGCGCUGUAACAGACGAUUAUGGAACAAUACGAAAACAUCAACAAUCGUAUCCUACGAUGUUACAACAGCAAGGUCAAAUGAACGGCGAUAGAAAUCCUCCUAAUUCAUUGUACAAUGGCGGUAUGAAUAAUUCAAUUCUUCCAUUACAUUUAUCUUAUGUAAACGAAAAUGUUUAUGCCACUCGUCACAAUGGCAUAUUAAAUAAUACAACGAUAAUGCAACAGCAACAAUACAAUCGACAAACAUCGUUAAAUAACGGAAAUGUGUAUGACACCCAACAACAAUCAAAUUCAAUUCGUUCUCGUUCUCAACCACCACCAGCUGGUUCAAUUCAUUUAACAUCCUCCAUGGAUACAUAUGAUCCAUCUCAGGCAACGUCAACAACAAAUGGAAAUAAUGAAUCUUAUUUACCUCAAUUUAUUCCUCAAGCACCAACACAUUUCUUUGAGGCAUGUGCUACAUUACCGAGAAGACAACGUGGUUAUGGACGAGGAAAAAGUGGAGAUGAUUUUGAAUGGGCACCGUCUGAAUAUUUAGAAAAAGUUAUUGCCAUUUAUGAUUAUGAGAGUCAACGAGAAGAUGAACUAACAUUUCAAGAAAAUACCAUUAUAUUUGUGGUUACAAAAAACGAUGAUGGCUGGUAUGAAGGAAUUAUGCAACCAGGUGUCAGAGGUCUCUUUCCUGGGAAUUAUGUAGAACAAUUAUUAGAUUAA